AUGCUGCUGUCUGCGAAAGCCAUCUCUCUCCUCGCGCUCGCGUCCCUCGUCGCGUCGCGCCCCUCCCCCCACCUCGCGCGUCUCGACCUCGUCGCCCGCGACGUCGUCCUAAGCCCCGACAACUCCUGCGGCGGCACAAACAACUACACCUGCCCCGACAACGCCUGCUGCUCCGCCAGCGGCUGGUGCGGCACCACCCUCGACUACUGCGUCGACGGCUGCCAGGCAGACUUUGGCACCUGCGCCGACCCCGGCGACUACGCCGGCACCGUCUCGCCUGACAACAGCUGCGGCGGCACAAGCGGCUUCAUCUGCCCGACCGGCUCCUGCUGCUCGGCGAACGGCUGGUGUGGAAACACCACCGACUACUGCGGCACUGGCUGCCAGUCCGACUUUGGCUCCUGCAGCGCGGCCGCGAGCGGAACCGCCUCGGCGGGCGCGCCUGCGGCCUCGGGCGGAACCUCGCCGGAUGGAACCUGUGGUCCGAGUAAUAACGGCUACACCUGUCCUACUGGUGAGUGCUGCUCCGGUGCUGGAUACUGUGGAUCGACUUCCGGUUACUGCGCGUCGCCGGGCUGUCUGUCUGGAUACGGCGACUGCGAUGCUGAUACUAUUCCGGCCGGCACCAACACUUCUUCCGUCGUUCGUACGCUCUUUGGCGAUGUUCCUUUUGGAUCUAUCAUUGAAGACUGCCAUGACGCAGGAAACAUUGCCCUUACUUUCGACGAUGGCCCUUACACCUACACCAGCGACCUUCUCGACCUCCUCGCAAACUACUCCGCCAAAGCCACGUUCUUCAUCACCGGCAACAACAACGGCAAGGGCGAGAUCGAUCUCUACUGGGCCGACGUGAUCAAGAAGACCUACGCGGCCGGCCACCAGAUCGCGUCGCACUCGUGGUCGCACGCGAACUUUGACGAGCUCGCGCCGUAUCAGAUGCGCAACGAGCUCUACAAGAACGAGAUCGCGCUCGUGUCUAUCAUCGGAAAGUUCCCGACUUACUUCCGGCCGCCGUAUUCCGCGUGCGGUGACGCCUGUCUGGCGGUGAUGGAGGAGCUCGGAUAUCAUGCUGUUUUGUUUGAUCUCGACACCCAGGAUUAUCUGCAUACCACGGCCGAUACCAUCCAGCUCAGCAAGGACGCGGUGUAUGAUCAAAUGAACGGCCUCGAUGUUUCGGAAACUGAUAUGCUCUCCAUCGCGCAUGAUAUUCACUGGCAAACGGUGUACAAUUUGACUGGCUACAUGCUCGAGUACAUGCAGGGACUUGGAUAUAACUUCGUCACGGUCGGCGAGUGCUUGCAGGAUCCUGAGAAGUACUGGUACCGCUCUGCUGAGGACGGAACUGUCUCUGUUUCGUCUGAGGCUCCUUCUUCCUCGUCUGAGGCUCCGUCUUCUGCGUCUUCCGCGUCUGCAUCGGUGUCCUCGUCUUUCAUGUCCUCAGAGUCCUCCUCGUCUUUCCUGUCCUCUGCGUCAUCCUCGUUAGAUUCUUCAGAGUCGCCCUCGUCGUACUCAACCCUCCCUCCGACCUCCUCAUCCAUCCCCGCCGCUCCCUCUUCGACCCCAUCGACCCUCUCAACCUCGACGAUCUCCUCCUCCCCCGCGUCUUCGUCCGCAGUCUCAACUCCCGCACCCAUCACUUCCUCAUCAAUCUUGAGCUCCUCCGCUUCCUCUUCUUCGAUCUCCAUCACCACUUCUCCCACGAGUACUACUACAUCCUCGUCCGGUCAUAAUCAUACUGUAUGA